AAAAACUAGCUAGCCACUUCUCUUCUCUAAUAUGUAUAUAUAUAUAACCAUGAAAACUUAAUGAAGGUUUUAAAGAAGAAGAAGAAGAAGAAGAAGAAGAAGAGAUGAUGAUGUUGGAUAGAAGAUACAUAGAUAUAGUUUUGGUUCCUUCAGGGCUUGUUAUCAUGUUUGGGUACCAUCUAUUUCUUCUCUAUAGAAUUCUCAAGCUUCCUCACACCACUGUAGUUGGUUAUGAGAACCAUAACAAGCUUGCCUGGGUUGAGAGAAUGAUGCAGGCAACACCAGAUGAAACAGGAAUAGCAUUACAAGUGAUAUCAAGCAGUCUAUCAGCAUCAACAAAUCUAGCAUCACUUUCCAUUGCCUUGAGCUCUCUCAUCGGCACUUGGAUAGGCAGCACCACAAAAGUCUUCAUGUCAGAAGUAAUCUAUGGUGACACCUCAACUGCAACAGCCUCAGUAAAAUACAUUUCCCUCAUCAUUUGUUUCUUAGCUGCAUUCACAUGCUUCAUCCACUCAGCCAGAUACUUUGUUCAUGCCACCUUUCUUCUCAGUACUCUCAACUCUAAUGUACCAGUUGAGUAUGUUCAAACUGCUGUCAUUAGGGGUGGUAAUUUUUGGGCUAUGGGCCUUAGAGCACUCUACUUUGCCACCACAUUGUUGUUGUGGAUCUUUGGUCCUAUUCCUAUGUUCAUUUGCUCGGUGUUUAUGGUUGUUAUACUUGCCUUUCUUGAUACCAACUCAACUCCUUUGCACCGGUUUAGCUUCUCUUCUUCUUCUCCAUCUUUGAACCAAAGGUUGAAGAAGAUUCAUGGUGCUUUUGGUGAUCUAAGUGACAUCCACAAGCACCCUUUGUACACUGUUAACACUUCUCCAUUCAUUAGUUUAGCUUGAGGUUUUAGUUAA